UUUACCUAUUUAUCUUUUCCUUCUCGAAAAGAUAAAUUCCCUAGUCGACGCAUCGAAAGCAGCGACACCGACUAUAGUCGAAUGAAUUCAGACGCGUGCAAUACGAGGCGCGCGUAGAAGGGCGCAUGCUGGGAUGUGUCACGGACACGCGUGUGUCACGAUCGCGCAUACAUUUAUGUCGUGACUGGCCAGAAGGCGCCGUGGCGGGACGAAAGGGGGCGGCAUUCGAGGCUUAGGAGAGCAGACAGGCGCGUAGAUAGGCCAGCUCACGGUGGAGUUUCCGCAGCGAGCUACGGAAUCAUCCCAUGCUCGUAGGUCGCCGCGUGUUGCUCGCGUUCAGAGAGUUCCUCGUCGAUGGUCACGCGAUGUGUCAACGCGAAUAGUGACCGUCAGAGCCAACACUUGACAACGCCACUCGAUCGUAACUCGUUCGAAUAUGAUGGUGCAAUGAAUUCUUACGGAGUUUAAUCGCACGACAGCUUCUAUAGAUAAAGAAAAUCCCGCGUAACUCCGUUUGCAAACUGGUUGUCAGUAUCGAGACGACACGACGUAGCUGCUGUGCCUGCUACUCGUGGUGGCGAGUGGCAGUGGUAGUGGUGGUCGUAGCGGUAGUGGUGGUUUCCUAUCGUGGUGGUGUCCGUUGGCAGUCGAGAAUCGUAUCGUGGUGGUGGUGGUGGUAGUGGUGGUGCUGUCAGAGUAGUGCUGCGCCUCGUUCGACGACGGUGGCGAGGGAGAGAAGGAAAAGUGGCCCUCGAGGUUACGAGGCCAGAGGAGAAAGUGGGUGUUGCCGGAGUGACAACGGGAGGAUCAUCCGGGUCCUCGACGCCAGGACUCGUGGAACAGAGGAAUCGGUGUGUAGGAUGCUCGUCGGUCAUCGCUCUAGGAGUCGACGUCUCCUAACCGAGAGCCUGAUCCUUGAUCGUGUGCCUCGUUGCCUCGGACGUUGAAAGGUGGGGACAGGAUGGCAGGAAGGAGCCGGGAACCUCGGCCAGAUCCUGAACGACAGUGUUCAUCCCUCGUGAAUCGUCGCGACGUGCGGAGCUGGUCUUCGUUCGAUUAAAGGGGAGGAUUGGAAGGACGAAGGGUGGAGAGGGGUGGCGUCGCGAGCGGCGUGAUCGAGAUGAGCGAUCUACAGGCCACACUCGAGUUCUCCCUCGAGCUUUGCAAGUUCUACAAUGUCGACCUGUUCCAGCGUGGGUAUUACCAGAUACGAACCGCCCUCAGAGUGUCGCCGAAACUGCCUGUCAAGGUGGAGGUUAACCAGCUGCGGAACCACUCAUUGGAGGCGCCAGGGACGAGCAAGCGUUUUCAGAUUCUCUACAGAAACGAGGAGGUGACACUCGGCACCUCGGUCCUAUUCCGUGCUCACGUGCUCGUGCACAGUCACAAGAUCGAGGAGGUGCUUUCCCGAACCCACUUCAAUCUCGGCGUCGAGCUAUGGUUCAGCGAGCCAACGCAGCCUGGGAACAUGGCCUGCGUGUCCUCUAGGGCGUUGCAGCUGAAUUUCGCGCCCACGAAGGGACUUCACUAUCAUUUGCCGGUGCUCUUCGAUUACUUUCAUCUUGCCGCAGUCUCCAUCACGAUCCAUGCCUGCCUCGUGGCCCUUCAUCAACCCUACAUCAAGAAGAGCAUACUUCAUUAUGUGCAGAGCUGCGCGCCGCGUGGAGGGAAGCCGUGGCUGCAAUUUAAACAGUCUGCAGCGAACGGAGACAACAAUGCCCAGUUAGGAAAUAUCGAAACGACGACGAGAUGCGUCGGCUCGGCCACGAGAAUCCAACACGCGAAACUGGUUCAACAGGAAGUAAUCAGGUUACUUUUGGCCGCAAGGGAAUCUUUGCUCAACGACUUGGCCGAUUUAGCGCGGUUGCUACCUUCUUGCCAGCAAAGGGCGCUCGAGCUCGCUCAGAACACGCACAAAGAAAUUACCAAGUUGCAGAUGAUGGACACGGAGGAAACGGAUAUCGCUCAACUCUGCGCACAAAAUAUCGUUCUUUGGCAACACUUUCUGGAGGUGUUCUCAGGGCGUGAAGCCGUUCAUCAGCACCUUGCGAGGGUCCAUCAUCAAUUGAGGGUGAAACGUUUCGCGGAAGGUUUCUUCGUGUUGGAGAAUCCCAGGACAUCUGCGUGGGGUUGUUACGACGCGAAUUAUCAGUCGUAUCAGGCAGUGAGCGAGGCUGCACGAAGAUCGCGAUAUCUCGCUUCUUUGCCUCCAUUGCCAGUGCAUUGUCCGGAAUUGGACGGAGAUCUUCAUUCCCUGCCUUUGAUCUUCGAGGAUCAGUACGUGGAUAUGAAACAGAGGCACAGAAACAGCGUUCCCGGUAUAGACGACUGCAGUUGCGGAAUCGCAGCGAUUCUCGAGUCUCGAUCCAUGGGCAUUUGGUCGCCAAGGAGCGAAGGUGCAGCCCAGGACAUCGGAUCUGUCCAAGGCCGGCUGACGCUCACGCCCUCCACGCUUCCUGCCAGGCACAGCAAAUCCUUGGACCAACUCGGUCCGGAUAUCGCCCAACCAGUUCAACCAAGAACCUCGCCAAAGACUCUUCCUCGAUCGGUGUCCACGCAAUUGUUUCCAAGACAAAGAGGCGGAAACCGAAACGUCACACCGCCAGCGACAGUUCCUUCGAGAGGAAGGCAAAGAUCGACAGCGCCGUCCAGUAGCACGCUUUUCCCUCCUUCAGGCCAGCAAGCCUGCUCCGCGCCAAAUCCAUCCCUUGGAUCGACACCGGUCGUCCCCUUGCCACGUGCCAAAUCCACGCAGAUGUUGGUGCUACCUGGGCAACAGGCCGAUCCUCAGAACACCUCGAUCACGUCGCUCCUUGCGGCCAUGUUCCCCGAACUGCCACCUGGUGGACAGUUGCCCGGUUACAGACCGUCGAACAAAUCGUGCGAACAAACGCUCACCGUGCCCACGUGUUUGGGAACGAUGGACCAUGGCCAGAUGACAGACUGCUGGAACGAGAAUAAGUCUCCCAAUGUUGCUGAAGAUUAUCAUUCCCUGGACACAAGAAGAAUUCGCCUAGAGCCACGCAGCCAUCGACUAGCAUCACGCCAACCAUUAUCCACGACUACCAACGAUCAAACCAACUUCCUCUCUAACAAGGCAAGCGUCAAUGGCGACACCUUCUUCCCAGAGCAACAGCCUCUUCACACGGCUACCCUGGACAGGGUGACGUAUCGUGGCAAUUCACGCAAACAGACUCAUCAAACGGGCGGCAAAUACAGUCAAACGAACGGAUUGGAGUCUCGUAGAUACCACACGAUCGGGAAGACCGGCUCAGGAUUGAAUCAACGGAACCGAGAGAUCCAGGAUUCGAUGAAUGGCGGAAAUGGAUUGCCUAGCAGUCACUCGAUGAUGGUCGAUCCUCUCUACAAAAGGUCGAAUUACACGUCGACUACCACGGAUUCGUUCUUCUAUCGCACCAACGGCACCAGCGGACGGACACACGGGGAGGCAGAGAGGCCCAGAAGACCGAAGAGCACGGAGAGAUUGGUGGACGACGUCGAUCGUAACGAGUAUUGCGACUUCCGGAGGGAAAGGCCGAGAAGAAGAGAGGAGAGGGUUGCUGUCAAGUCGCCUCGAAACGGCGUGACACCGUGUUACGCCGGGGAGGAGAAGCACAGGAGGCAGCAGAACGAGGAGAAUAAAAUGCAGGAAUUGACCAAUGAGAUGUUCUACAAGGUGAUGACCGCGAUGUCGGAGCCGAAGAAGGAGCAGCAUCGAGCGACUGAGAAGAGGAAGGACAAGCACGGUCGAAGGCCGCAUUCAGCUCCUGUGCUGGACAUAGAUCAUCCGACUGAGGAGAGCAGGAAGUGCAGCCAUCGAAAUAGGAAACCGGCACCACCGCCUCCGGCUUAUCAGGACCCCGCUGUCGCUCCUUUGCCCAAGUAUCGCCCCCCACCUCCCGUACCUACCACGAACGUUCUGGAGGUGGAGAAUAAUAAUAAGAUUAUUUUGAAGGUGGAGCCCAUCAAAUCUCCCAUGGAGACGCCGGCUACGAACGGCACGACGCCUUCCGACACAUCGAGCGCGGGCGCCCCGGCGCCGAGCGUGAAAAGACUGAGAUGCGCCAGCGUGCCCGUGGCGCAGAACAAGGUGGUAGUGCCACGGAGCGCUGUUUCAUUGCCUUGCAUGCCUAUACGCGACAGCAAGGACAGCCUUAGCAACAAUCUUCCCGUCAUUCCGAACCCGCUCAGCCCGCCGUCCAGCAGACCAAGCAGCCCGACAACCAGCUCCAGCUCCAGCAACCUGACGUCCGAGUGUUCCGGUUGGGUGAGCAGCGGGGACACGUCGAGCUCGGAGCAGCGCAGGAACGCGAAGCUGUCGAGCGAGCAGCUUCGCCAGAAAUUAUCGAGAAUCGUGCCGAGGAAGGAGAGACCACCCCCGACCAAGGAGAGCGUGGAGGAGCACUCGUACGAGGAGGUGCGCCUCCCUCCGCCGAAGAUGUUCCAAGACGAGCCACCGCCCCCCGAGGAAUUCCGCGAUCCCCCUGCCAUCAUCGACAAUCCUCUUUACCACGUUUACGAAACGGUGAAACCGGUCAGGAGCCCGAAACAGACGAAAACCGCCCCCUGCAGCCCUCAGAAGAAUAGAGAGAGGGAGAGGGAGAGGGAGAGCAGAGAUCCUCCGUACGGGGCCAGGGAUAUUUGUUUGGAUUGUUAUCAGGAGGGGAAGGAGAUGUUGCAAUCGACACAGGACGAGGCGAUUAAUUUCAAGAAGUGCAAGGAGGAGUUCAAGAGGCAGAUGAGUUUCUCGGGGAAGAUAUACAGAGAACGAAAGGAAGCGCAGUUGCGUUUCCAUAAACGUGCCCAUUCCUUUGGAUAUGGUGACUUCCUGACCCCGUCGUCGGUAAAACCUCUAAGAUCGAAUGUGCCUCUUAGUGAUUAUCCAACCCUGGCCUCGACCAUGCCGUACUUCCACAUCAGCAACGAGUAUCGGCUCUUCUCGCCGGAAGGUGCCCACCUCAUCAUCUGUGUCCAUGGUCUCGACGGCAAUCCAGCUGAUCUUCGUUUGGUCAAGACGUACUUGGAACUCAGUCUUCCCGGGGCGCAUCUAGAUUUUUUAAUGUCCGAGAGAAAUCAGGGUGAUACUUUCUCGGAUUUUGAUACGAUGACCGAUCGAUUGGUAGCCGAGAUUCUCCAUCACAUUGAGACAUCGGGCCUGAAUCCAACGAAAGUGAGCUUCAUCGGACAUUCUUUAGGGACCAUCAUCAUAAGAAGCGCUCUGACGCGGCCUCAAUUACGACCGCUUCUUCCACGUUUACAUACCUUUCUCAGCCUAAGCGGUCCACACUUGGGUACACUGUAUAACACCAGUGGAUUAGUUAAUGCAGGUAUGUGGUUCAUGCAGAAACUGAAGAAAUCCGGCUCGUUGUUACAAUUGGCCAUGAAAGACGCGUCGGAUGUCAGACGAUCGUUCAUGUUCCGCCUCAGCCAGAAGAGCAAUCUCGAAAAGUUCAAACACGUCCUCCUGUGCGGUAGCGCGCAGGAUCGAUACGUGCCUCUUCAUUCCGCUCGUAUAGAGCUGUGCAAAGCCGCUGUGCGGGAUUCGACCGAUCAAGGCGCAGCAUAUCGUGAAAUGGUGCACAACAUCCUCUACCCAGUGAUGUCCUCCUCGGGGGUGAGUCUGGUCAGGUACGACGUGCACCACGCGUUGCCGGCUACGGCUAACGCGCUGAUUGGCCGAGCCGCGCACAUCGCCGUCCUCGAUUCCGAGCUUUUCAUCGAGAAGUUCCUGCUGGUCGCCGGUCUGAAGUACUUCAGAUAAGGAAUGGACUGCCUAGCAACGCAAAAGAGUGAAUCGUUAGAAAUAGAAAAAUGAAAACAAAGAAGAAAAGAAGAAGAAGAUAGUCAAGGAAGAGAGAAAAUAAAAAAAAACCUAGUCUAAUAAUAGCGAAUUAUUAGCAGCAGGGAGAGAUAAAGAAAAAGAAGAAGAAGAAGAAGAAGAAGGAGAAGAAAAAUAAUAAAUAGAUAAAAUAAAAUAAAAUAUCGAGAGCGGAUUCUCGUAACUCUCCGUGUCGUCUUCGAUCGCAUUAGGAUUAAAUUAACCCUCGUCCUGCUCGACAAUUGCCCCGCUUCUCCAACCUUGAACCGAUUUAAUCGAUCCUCCUCCGCGACGCUUCGCUCCGUUUCUCUUCUUCCAACGAUCCGCACUGAUCGUUAGAUCGAUCGGGAGCGGGGCAAUUCGACGUUUUUACACGAUAAAAAAAAAAAAAAAAAAAAAAA